AUGUGGUGGAAACAUGAAAAAGGAACUAUUGAAGAAGAUUUAAAACCAUUUAGGGACGACGGAGAUGCUUCUGAGUUAACAAUGUUUGUUGUUGAGCAUAAGUGUGAUGUUGAGAUUUAUUGUGAGCCAAAACCUGAGACAGUAGGUAGUACCUUUAUGGAUAGGGUUAGGGAGAAGAGGAAGGGUAAACCAGCUGAUGCUAGUGAUGAUGAACCAAGUGAUGAGUCAGUCAGGGAUGUGCAUUUUGAUUAUAGUAUGGAGGAGAGGAUGAAAGGUUUUGAUGAAGAAAUGGAUGAUAUGGCUACUGGUGUUGCCGCUGAACAUAUAAAUCAAUCAGUUCUUUAUGCCUCAAGUGAAACAGUUAAACAAAUGUUUAUCAUAGAUGAAAUAGGGAAGCAACAUGUUAUUGAAGACGACUACAUGAUAGAUGAGUUGGACAAUGGGGUUGAUGAUGACAAUUGUGAUGAAAGGCCUUUUGUAAUAAGGUUCAAUGAGAAAGAUAAAUUGAGUAAGGAUUAUGUUUUCAAAGUAGAAAUGGAGUUUUGUUCCUUGAAACAAUUUAAGGAUGUCAUACUUGAACAUAAUGUGCUAAAUGGGAUGGAUAUGAAGUUUGAGAAAAAUGAUUCCAAUAGAUGUAAGGUGGUAUGCAAGGAUAAGAAGAAAUGUAAUUAUACUAUCUUGUGUAGUAGAGUGUUAACAUCCACAACUUUUAGUAUUAGAACACUUUAUGCAAAACACAAAUGUGGAAGAAAAUUCUUUAACAAAAGUGCUAAGACAGAGUGGGUUGCAAAGUUCAUUGUAGAUGGUAUGAAGAACAAUACAAAGAUGAAACUAAAUGAGGUAGUGGCAGAUGUAAGACUUAGGUAUGCCACUGAAAUCCCAGAGUACAGUGCAUUCAGGGCAAGGCAAAUUGCAAGACAAAUAGUUGAAGGGGAUCCAAGUAAACAAUUCAGUUUGUUGUGGUCUUAUGGUGCUGAGUUGAGAUGGGCCUCAGCAGGUAAUACUUUCAAAGUCAACACUACUACCCUAGCUCCAGGUUUAAAAUCUAGAUUUGAGAGGUGUUACAUUUGCUUUGAUGGGACCAAGAAAGCACUGACAAAAGCAUGUAGGCCAUUUAUUGACUUAGAUGGAUGCCACUUAAAUCACAAAUAUGCUGGUAUUUUAGUUAUCGCAGUGGGCAGAGAUCCAAAUGAUCAGUAUUUACCAAUUGCUUUUGGUGGAGUUGAGAGUGAAACAAAAGACUCAUGGAGCUGA